UUUUAUGAGAUGCCGAAGCAUUUAGCCUUGUACGUUACACUAAAUCAAUGCCCAAAUCAAAGUAUUACAAUCAACAAUCAGUACAGCAUCUGGCAAACCACAUUCACCACUGCUCGUCUACCUGGAUCCGGCUGGAUCGUGUAUCGCUUAUUGGACAAACGGUGGGCAACAUAAACGGUGGAAAC